GGAUGGUGAAGUCGUUAACCAAAAGAUAGGCUGAAAUUUUGAGAAUCCAUUGAGAAUCCAUGGAUAAGCUGAAUUUUUUCGAAGAAAUUCGAAAAGACGCUGAAGAGACCUACAAGUUAAAUCCAGAAGAUGCAGAUGUUAGUUUUUAUCUUCGGUUCUUGAUUUUCAGAUAUUGUUUUGCUAGUUUUAGUUUUGUUCUUUGUUCCAUUUUUAGAGGAAUGACUCUUCCUUGGUUUGAUUUCUGUUUUUGUAAUCAAUGGCGGGAAUUGAAAAAUUUUCUAGCACUCUCCUUAACCUUGUAUGUUUUUUUUGCAGAAUUUGAUGAGAUGGGGAGAAGCUUUACUAGAGUUAUCUCAGUUUCAAAACGUUAUAGAUUCACUGAAAAUGAUUCAAGGUAUGCCAUCUCAAAACUCGAAGAUGCAAUAUUGAUUGACCCAAUGAAACAUGAUGCGGUUUGGUGCUUGGGGAAUGCAUACACUUCAUACGCGCGUUUGACUCCUGACGACACUCAAGCUAGAUUAAACUUUGGCUUAGCUUAUCUGUUCUUCGGAAUAGCUGUAGCUCAGCAACCGGAUAAUCAAGUCUACCAUAAAUCACUCGAAAUGGCGGACAAGGCUCCACAACUACACACGGGGUUUCAUAAAAACCGCUUACUCUCACUAUUGGGUGGCGUUGAAACUUUAGCAAUACCGAGCCCAAAGGUAGUGAAGAAUAAGAAAAGUAGUGAUGAGAAGUAUAUUGUUAUGGGAUGGGUGAUUCUAGCCAUUGGCGUUGUUGCUUGUAUUAGUUUUCGAAAGCUAAGGUGAAUGAGCUUGUUGUGAGAAUAUCCACACAGAAGAUAUGGGCAAAGGAGAAAAAGGUUUCAAGCGUAAGACCCCUAGAGCCUAGGGUCUCUCUCUUAUGUUUGAUGUUUUUUAAGAGCUUUUUGUGAGUUUAAAACAAAAGUGGUACCAUACAAUUCCAAGUUAUAAAAACAUUUUUUAUAC